AUGCUUCGAGCUGUGUUUAUUUUACUCGCGCUUUCAUUUGUAACCUUUGCUAGUAAAAAAGUACUGAAAGUGCCGCUUUAUGUCAGGCAAAAAAUCAAUGGAAGUGAGCAGCUCUUUGCCAAAAAUUCAACUAGAGGAAGUAAACCACUUCUUGUGGCUCUGCAGACUCACAAAAAUCUGGAAUACUAUGGGAACAUUUCAAUGGGAACCCCGAGGCAAAACUUCAGUGUGAUUUUCGACACGGGAUCUUCGAACACCUGGUUGCCUUCAACCAAUUGCCCGAAAAGUAAUUCCGCUUGUCAGAAUCACCGAAGAUAUGACUCCUCCAGAUCGAGCAGCUAUAUCCCCGAUGGACGUAACUUUAGCUUGCAUUACGGAUCUGGUAGAGUGGUUGGUUAUCUCUCAAAGGACACUUUGCACUUUGCUGGAGCUGAUUUAACUGGACUAAUUUUCGGAGAGAGUUUGUACCUUCAACACUUUGCCUUUAAUUCAGUGAAAUUCGAUGGACUGGUGGGCUUGGGCCUCGGGGUUUUAGCCUGGGCCAACACGAAACCUUUUUUGACACUUUUAUGCGAAAAGCGUUUAGUUGAUGACUGCAUAUUUUCGGUUUACCUCCGAAGCCAUUUGUCAAAACUUCCGGGAGGGGAAAUAAUCUUCGGUGGCUUUGACAAAACCAAGUUUGAAGGGAAACUUCAUUAUGUGCCGAUCAGCCGUUCGAAUUCUUGGAGCCUGGAAAUAACCAACACAACCGUAGAAAGUAAACAAAUUGGCGGGAAAAGCAAUGCUAUUUUGGACACUGGCACUUCGCUGGUCUUAAUGCCCCAAGAAACUUACUAUAAUCUGUUAAGAGCCUUAUCGACUCGACUGCAAAUUGGCUAUAAUGUGUUAACCUGCAGGAGAGAAUCUUUGCCUAAUAUUAAUAUUGUCAUCGGAGGCAAGGUUUUUCCCCUAACACCAAACGAUUAUCUGAGGGAGUUGACAGUGGAUCGUAAAAAGAUUUGUCUGCUGGCCAUUGCUCCCAUUAAAAUGCCAUUUUGGGUGCUUGGGGAUGUCUUUCUGGGAAGGUACUAUACGGUUUACGAUGCCACAGCAAAGAAAAUUGGAUUGGCUAAGUCGGUGCAAGGUAGUGGCUAAAAAAAUACUUUGGCCUGAUUAAAAGAUAAUUAAAUGAGAUAAGAGCUAUGUUUAUCGUAUGCAUGUUAAGUCAAAUAUGUGCUAAAAGUGAGAGUGGCUCUGUUGAAAUACAAACAUUGUUUUAUAAAGUAUAA